GAUCGACCUUCAGUUGUGGUGAGGCGCUGGCGAGAGGAGCAGUACCCUGGGUGCAUUUCGUGUUUUUUCGAGGGAAUUAUACUUAUUAAAGCACCCUUUUCCUUCCACGAUGAAGCAGCUGUCGCUAUUGGUGUUGUGCGGUGUCGUCGGCGUUUGUCUGGGUGCUGGAGGUGCAGUGUCUGGGAGUUCAGGUGCAGGAGUAGGUUCAGUGACAGAGACGGAAGGAACUCGUCUUCUACAUGAGGGAUCUCCCCUGUCUCUAACCUGCAUCCAGAACCUCACAAAUGUAGACACUGUUUGGACUAAAAAUGGAGAGACAGUCACUGAGAAUGACCACAUCAAGCUUUUCAAAAAUGCCACCCUCUACAUUGCUUCUGCUAUGGAGAGUGACCUUGGAGAGUACACUUGUGAACCCCACAGCCAAGACGAGGUUAAAGUCUUCAAUGUUGUUCAACUGAAGCUCCAUAAGGAACUCCCAAAGUCCACCACAGUUUUGGAGAAUGACAAGUUGGCUCUUUCCUGUCAGGUAGAAGGCAACCCACCCCCCACUGUCCAGUGGUUAAAGAAUGGUGAACUCAUGGAAGACUCCAUCAACUCCACCAGACUUGUUUUCUCUGAGAAUGAGCACAAAAUCCCCAAUGCCAGUCUGCUGAUCAAACCCAUCCUCAAGUCAGAUAUUGGAAAUUACAUUUGCCUGAUUAAGCAGUAUUCUCUUCAGCUGAACACCACCACAGAAGUGCGUGUGAAAGACAUCUAUGCUGCCCUGUGGCCAUUCCUUGCUAUUGUCGCUGAGGUGAUUAUCCUGUGCGUCAUUAUUUUCAUCUACGAGAAACGUCGCAUCAAGGCCAACUUUGAUGAUUCUGAUUCAGAUCCUGCCCCAGACCAAAAAAGUGUUGCCGACCAUAACAAAGAUGCCGAAGUUCGCCAGAGGAAGUAGACUGUGAUGUGGUGAUAUUCUUAUCACUGAAGGAAGUGGUGUUUAGGGAGGAAAAUAAUUUUGUGAUAUUUUUAGUAGUUGAAGGUGCCAUAAAAAAGGGGAGGGGGGGACUUCAUAAAUAGAAAUUGACAGAUUUUAUAAUUUUAUGAUCUCUGUUUUACACCUUUUCCAUUAUUGGAUUGGAUGGCCAAAAAAGCCUUUAGUAACAUUUGGGCAAUCCUUUCUGGCUUUGUUAUAUCAAGAUAUUUAUUUUGAGAGAUAUAUGUUAAUUGUGUUUUUUGUUCUUUUUUUCUGGCAACAUCUUUCUUAUUUUCCAGAAAAUAAAAAUUUAUAAAUAAACAACUCUUAAAAAUAAACUUGGAAAUCACACAGUUGCAGUCCUUCAGGAUCUUGUCGUCCAGGUACCUUAUUCAGAGCAAAAAGGACAAUCUGGCAAUGAAGUCAUGAAAUGUGGCAAACACUCCAGAUAGCGUGUAUAUUGUUGCAUGUUGAGAGGAAUUCUGCAAUGUGUGGAAAGUGGAUGUGAAACUGGAAUGACUUGAUUUUUUAAAAUUGAUAUGUGACUGGAUAUUUAUACUUAUAGAUGUGAGGUUGUGGUCGUGAAUGAUAUUUUGAUUAUAUGUAUGUAUGUGUAUAUAUAUAUAUAUAUAUAUAUAUAUAUAUAUAUAUAUAUAUAUAUAUAUAUAUAUAUAUAUAUAUAUAUAUAUAUAUACACACAUUUACAUAUAUUUAUAUAUAUUAUGGUAUAUCAAGUAAAUAUUCACCUAUUUUAUCAUGGCUAUUGAAAUAUAUUCCACCCCGUAUAUUGUGUAGAAAGCAAGGUAUCAUAUUGUAUGUUGAGUUAUGAAUAUAUACAGGGUAAAUAGAAGUGCCAGUUUUUCUGCAGAUGCUUUGUCAAUAUAAUAUUACUUUGUAUAAUGGCGUAUUAGAUUUUAUUUAUCAUGCAGAUGUUGCUGUCUUUCAGUGUCUUUCAUAUUUUGUUUAAAGAUAUACUGAGUGUCAGUAAUUAACUUCCCUUUUGGUAUAUUGAAUGUGUUGUGAGAUUUCGUACUCAUUUGGACUGCCUAGAAUAAGGAUAAAAGUUAUAUUUUUAACAUCUUUCUCAGUUUUUAUAGAGUCAGUAUGUGAUGAUUACAUGUCCUCUCUCAGUCCAAAAUAUAUAUAACAUUUUGAAACUGAAAUAGCAGUGUUGUACGAGUCAAUUUUCUACCUUUGAAUGGAGUACAUGGAGAUGAACUUUUGUGGAUAUGCAGUUUUAAUGCAUUUCCUUUUCAUAAUUUCUAUUUUUUUCUUUCUCUUCUCCUCAAAGGCAGUCCCUAUAUAAUGGAACAGAUGUGCAGUUUUUUUUAAAUAUUUAUGAUGCUAUUAUGUAUAAUUUUAAGGUUAGGAUGUUGAUGCUUCAUAUAAUUAUUUCCUUCCAAAAGAGUAUGUAUUAACUUUUCUCUUUUAUUCCUCAAAAUAGGUAAUUCAUGAGAACAGUCUUUGAAAGGUAUAGGUACUCGUAUAUAUUUCAUAUUCACUCCUAAGAAUGUAGCAGUAGUAAAGCACUAUUAUCAGGAAACUGCAAUAACAAGGAGAAAGUCUCACAAAAAAGUAGUAUUUAUCUUUUUUUUUGUUUUGUUUUUUAUAUACACCUUAACAGCAGUUGGUAACACAAGUCAUGUAUGGAUUUAUGUUUUGUAAGGAACUAAUAAACUUUUGUUCAAGUUUAGUCUAAUUCAGUUUCUGCUUGCUACUGGGUUUUAUUUAUCCGUAUGCAUUUGCUUAUAAUUGAAAGGUUUGAGAAGACUGUGGCCAUAAUUUAUCUUAAUAAUAAGCCUUAUUUGCCUUUUUUCUUUUAAAUACAUAAAAGUGGGGAAAAUUCAGGGAAGUGAGAAUAUAAGUUCUCUCGCAAAAUGGCUGUGACUUCAGCUAGGAAUUGGUGUAGACAUACCCUUUUUCCAUAUAUCACAUUUUGUUUUGCCUUAUAUGUAUAUAAUAUAUAUUUAUAUAUAUAUAUUGGUAAUAGAUGUAAGUUUAUGUUAUAUAAUUGACGUAUAUGUAUUUACUUGUCUGGUCCAGUAUUGAUUUUCUGUUGUAGAAUCGGUAUAUUAGUCACAAAAUAUGCAAUAUUGUCAUUAGCUUAUAUGUAUACUUUCUCCUCAUGUUGAUAACCGAAAAUUGGACAAAAUUUCAGCUUUGUAAAACUAGUUUAUAUAUAUAUCAUAUGGAGUAAAAUAAAAAUAUAAACCUUA